AUGGUGACCAUGAGGAACACAAACGCUGACGAGCAGGGAGAGAUGAUCAGAAUGUUGGAGAGACGUUUGGAGGAAAUGCAAAAACAACAUGAAGAGCAGUUGGUGGCUGUCAGGGCGGAGUGUGCGGCGCAGAUCACCCGAGCAAUCGUCGCUCGGGGUGAUGGGGGCGCGGGGGAGCAGAGACAAGAGAGGACGGUGGCAAACGCAGGAAAUGGAGGAGAGGAGCAUAGCAGCACCCCGGCCCAAGAAGGCCCGAGAGGGGAAGGGGCGAGCGGGGAUAAGGAGGAGAAAGCAGUGUCGAUGUACGACGGUACCACUGACCCAAACGCUCACGUGAAGUCGUUUACCAACGCCAUGUCCUUCCGUACGGGUUGCGACGCCAUCUGGUGCAGGGCAUUUUCCCUUUCCCUAGAAGGGGAGGCCUUGGAGUGGUUCAACGCGCUACCGAAUGGCUGCAAAGUUAGUUUUAAGGGGUUAGAAACUAUGUUUAAAAAGCAAUUCGCCGCAUGCAUUACUAGGGACAUCACGGUGGUGGACCUGAUGAACCUCAAGCAAGGAAAGGAUGAACCACUGAAGACUUUCAUGGAUCGAUAUCCAAAAACCGUCCGGAGGGUGAAGGGUCUAACCUUGGAGCUCGCGUUACAGCAUAUCAUGCCGGCCCUAAGGCCCGGCCCCUUCAAGGAGAGUGUAUGCCGGACGCCACCCAAAACGAUGGAGGAAUUAAGCGAGCGGGCGACCGAUGAGAUUAGGGUGGAAGACAUGAAGCAGAGUUACCGAAAGGAGAUCCAGGAGGCCAAAGGGGAGAGGAACGAGGGGAAGAAGGCGGAGAACCAGACUCACCGGGCAGGAGGUCAAAGGCCUCGGGAGGGACCCAGGGGCCCCCGUUUCCAGCAAUACACGGCUUUGAACGCCCCUCGGGCCCAAAUUUUCCAUCAAGCGCUAAGCACGCGGCUGCUGCAAGCACCACAAAAGCGACCUACCCAAUCCAACGCGGAUGGAACCAAACACUGCGUGUACCACCAAAACAUGGGUCACGACACCGAGGACUGCGUGACCCUCAAAGAUAAAAUUGAAGAGCUGAUUCGUGCUGGGAAGUUAUUGAAGUACGUUAAAACUUAUCGGCCAGACCGAUCACCCGCCCGGGAAAGAAGUCCUAGGAGGAUGAGUCCUCGACGGGUGGAGGACAGGAGAACCACUGGUGACCGAAACGAUCGGUAUCGUCGUCAGGAGUAUCCACGGGAUGACCGGAGGAGGAGUCGGAGUCGUGGAAGGGGUGAUGAUCGUCCUUUGAGGAGGAUGAUCAACACGAUCUCAGGAGGAUUCACCGGAGGGGGUUCUUCAUCGAAUGCGCGCAAGAAGCAUGUCCGGGCGUUGCGCUCCGUGCAUGCCAUUGACACACCAAGGAGGUCAAUGCCGCCCAUCACCUUCACGGACGAUGAUUUUCAUGCGCCUGACCCCGAUCAGGAUGAUCCGAUGGUGAUCACCGCCGAAAUCGCAAGAUACGGGGUAGGUAAGGUACUCAUUGACCAAGGGAGCUCAGUCAUCAUCCUUUACUGGAAAACCUUCCAGCAAAUGGACAUUUCAGAAGACCUCAUCGUACCGUACAACGAGCAAAUCGUGGGAUUUGCCGGAGAGAGAGUGGAUACGAGGGGAUAUGUAGACUUGCGCACUCGGUUGGGCACCGGGCGGGAGGGGGACGAAAGGAGAGGCACCAUCUGCACUGUCAAGGCCGACCAGAAAACGGCCAGGGAAUGUUAUGCGGCGGGAUUGAAGUUAUACCCGAAGGAGGAAAGGAGGAAGAGUAGCCGGUCUGAGGUGGCUUUGGCCGACCUGGACCCCCGGACGAAUACUGAGGACCGCUUGGAACCGAUGGGAGAGACCCAGCCCAUGAUUAUCGGGAAGGACGCAUCUCAGACGACAUUGAUUGCCAAUGGCCUAGAGGAGGAAGUGGAGAGGCGCCUCAGGAGCAUCCUGUGGCAUAAUAGGGACCUGUUCGCUUGGACAGCGGCCGAUAUGCCGAGGAUCCACCCUUCGGUGGUGGCCCAUAAGCUAGCAUUGUUUAAGGAAGCAAGGCCGGUGUCCCAGAAAAAUCGCAGGAUGGGAGAAGAGAAGAGGAGGGCGGUAGAAGAGGAGGUCGGAAAGUUAAGAGAAGCAGGAUUCAUCCGGGAAGUGACCUACACGACGUGGUUGGCUAACGUAGUAAUGGUAAAGAAGUCAAAUGGCAAAUGGCGGAUGUGUACGGACUAUACAGACCUGAACAAGGCUUGCCCAAAAGAUUCUCAUCCUUUGCCUAGCGUCGACGCCCUUGUUGAUGGGGCGUCCGGCCAUAAGAUCUUAAGCUUCUUGGAUGCAUACUCAGGGUACAACCAAAUACCGAUGUACGCUUCAGACCGGGAGAAGACGGCCUUCAUUACCGAGAAGGCCAGUUAUUGUUAUGAAGUCAUGCCCUUCGGGCUGAAGAACGCCGGAGCCACUUAUCAGCGACUAAUGGAUAAAAUCUUCGCCAGUCAGAUCGGACGGUGCAUGGACGUUUAUAUAGACGACAUGGUGGUGCGUUCAGAGGAUGGGAAGGCGCACGCCCGAGACUUGGAAGAGGUUUUUGAACAGGUCAAGAAGUACAAAAUGCGUCUGAAUCCGGCCAAAUGCACGUUUGGGGUGCCGGCCGGUAAAUUCCUGGGAUUUAUGCUUACGUCGCGGGGAAUCGAGGCUAAUCCCGACAAAUGCGAUGCCAUCAUCAACAUGAAAAGUCCGGCCAGCCUUAAAGAAGUACAAAGGUUGGUCGGUCGCCUCACGGCUUUGUCCCGUUUUAUCCCCAGAAUGGCAUAG